AAUACCAUACCAUUCUUCUCAUUCCCAAUCGGAAAUGUCGAAGCAACAACGUGCCACUGCGUUCACAGUGACCAGUCCGAGUUUAGUUUGAGUAGAUUCGCGGGCGCGCUAGGUAUAUAGACGGAAGAUGUGAAAGGUGCCUAAGGCGAUUUUUUUUGUCGCGCUCGUGUUUUUAAAUUCCGCGAUUCUUCUACCGCUUCCGUCGCGGGUAGGUGGUGAGGUGAAGGGUACCCCUAAUUUGGAUAUGGAUUAAGAAGGAAAACUUUUCCCCGAAGAUGCUCCAAUAUUCCUACGAGCAACUGGCCAUCAUCAUCUCAAUACCGAUAAUAACGAUAUUCCUUGUAUGGACGACAGCCAUAUUCUUCAAGAACCGUCGAAAAUGGGCGCCCUACGACAUCCCCAUAGUCUCUCUGUUCAUCCUGAGCAUCAUCAGGAACCUAACGAUACUCUCCUACGUCCUCGUAUUGACCCUCAACAAGCACAUCUUCAACAUGGAGUACUGCAGCAUCCUUGUCUGGGUUUUCAACUCGACGCACACCUUCCAAGCUAGCAAUCUGUCCACGUUAUGUGUGAUCGGCCUCCUUUCUACGAAGCUCAAGAGGAAGCAGCAGACUCUGAAGCAUUACCUGAACUCCUCCCACGUCCUUUAUCACCUGUUCUGUUUGGUGACUUUGUGCGCGUGCGUCGGUGUUGCGGCUCUUCUGGCGAGGAAUAACUUGGUGGCCGAUUUCGAAAACAUCACCACUUUCACGAUCAACCCCUGCAAAUUGAUGCCCUUCGAUUUGGACCUGAAAUACAACGUGUUCAUCAUAGUCCUUCACUUAUUCCUCGCCUCCAUUUCGUUCAUAUGUUUCAUCGCGAUAUGCUUCAACGUGUGGUCCAUGAAAACCAGAAAUUUCGACUAUAUCAAGAAAUCCAACUCGGACAUCAGCGACGCCAGUUUCAGCAACAACAAUACGAUUGGCAACGACAAGAAUUACUACGAUACCUACAUCAUACAUCGCAGCAACCACUGCCAUCAGAAUUUCUACAUCGGCGGCAAUCAGAAUCAAGUCGGCUGUUGUCAGGGUCGAGAACCUGGAUGGAAUAGCGACUUGUCUAACCUUUCCACCACUGUCAGUUCGACGAAUUCCAGGAAACCCUGUUUAUCUAAGGGUUUGAGGGAGGGAAGACCUUAUAGGACUGGUUUGGAGACCAUCGUGCCCAUUGUGAUCGUUUGUUACUUGGUUUAUCAUGUGCCAGUACUGGUUCUCUGCUUGUGCCCGAAACUGAUCUACCCAUGGCCAGUAGCUGGUGCUGUCCUUUGGCUGGGACUCCUCCAAGAUAUCCUUCUCCCAAUAGGACUGGGUUUGGUGGACUCAAGGUUCAGUGAAUGGGUCUCAGAUGUCUACAAGUGUUCUGGUAGUCGCCUCGAUGAAAAGUUACCUCAAGUUGGGUUAGAUGGAAAAUUUCGACCGUUUGGGAGUCAGCCUCAAAGCCUCGAAAUCGUCCAGAUGGCCCAAGAGAGGAACCUCAAAGUACUCCAAACUGUGGAACAUCGAUUUCCGAUAACCAAUGGUUCUCUGUAUACCAGUAUCGAUGGAAGGCUUCCAGUAAUCCACAAUUAUCGCAGAAAUAAGGACCAAAGAGGUCUGAAACUGGACUCAUCCUCCAACCCAUCACUACACACUUCCCACCUGAAGAGACCUGACAUGCCCGUGUUCAACUGUCCAAACUGCGAGACAGAUCAGUGUCCAAGUCACUCAAACCUACACCAUCUGAGUCCCAACUACAUAAACCAGAAGCUGAACGCCCUCCACCAGAACAACAUGACGUUUCAACAGCCUCUGAGGAACACCGUGAGCCACGAGAGCUUAACCAUCAACAACAUCGAGGAAAAUCCAGUCUACGUGAGUUCAGCAACCAACUGCUCCAUCUUGAAGAACUCCAGGAACUUGGUGAGACUGAACAGAAUGAAACUGAGCAAGAGUGAAGAUAGCUUGAGCGAGAUCAAGAGGAGUGUGGAUGGUACGAGCCAUUGCAAGAAGCCUUUGUUGACGUUUUCGAACGAUGAAACGAAGAGCAAGAAGCUCAACGAACAAAUUCUAGACUAUUCGAGUUCUGACGAAGAUUAUGAUGGGAAUAUUGUUCCCAAUAACUUCGAUACCUUGAGCUCUCGGAGUAGCUGUUCUAUCACCACAGAAGCGAAUGAGGACUUCCACUUUUACCAGAGCUCCCAAAUGAUGCCAAACAACGAGAAGAAAAUGAGGGAAAGCAUCAACAGCCACUUGGAAAAGUUCAACAACGAUCUACUCUUAGCCAAAUACUCCAGAUGUGAUACCAGUUUAGAAAGCUUCGCUCCAAAGAGCAACAACGUCCCUUUCUUGAAAAGGGUCCACUCCAAGAGGUCCAUAGAAAAUUUUCAAGCCUUCCUGGAGGAUCGUCAACAGUGCGAACAUCAGGUGAUGCGUUCGAAUUCCCAAAUGAGUUUGAAGGAUAGGAAUAAGAAGAACAACGAUAGGAAAUUGUUCAGGUCGAGCUCCAAGCUUUCGGACUGUUCGCAUAAAAACAUAACGAAAAAAAUUAAGUCUGUUGAGUACCUGCCUAACAUCAACGCCUGCACAUGGGUGGAGCAAAAUUCUAAGAAUGCCCCUCGACAAAGUAUUCGGAAUGCUUUCCAUCAUGCUGGUAGUGUGCCUGAUUUGAAGAAAGUCUUCAUUUCGGAGUACAUUUAGUUGUGAAAUAGUAAUUUAAAUCCGAAUGUGACACUUGGUGAUCGCUUAUUCUUUCAGCUCUUAUCGAUGCAAAAUGUGGAUAUUUUAUGGACAACAUCACGUUUCUUCAUAUGGAGUUUUUGUCUUACCUCGAGAUCUCAUUAGACUGCUGAUUGGUUGUUGACUUGUUGUUAACUGUUGUGAUCGUGAAAUAUGUUCGAUCCCAAAUUUUUGGGAAAAUUCUGUAUAUAAAUUAUAUAUUUUUCAUCUAUGUAUUAUGAUUUAGAUAUACUUUUUGAAUAUUCAUCGUUCUAACAGUAUUAUUCUGUAAAUAUACCAGGAACCUGUACAUUUUCCAAUAAAUUUUUCAUAUUUGUG